UAGACCUAAGUUCCAAUUAUGUGGGCCUUCAGCACACUUCGCCGCGGACAGUAUUCAAUCAGUUGCCUCCGAUUAUUCAGCAACAUGAGGGUGAAGGUGCCUGUGAACCAGGGCGUUGUGGUUGGACAACGGCAACAGCUGCCAAGUGGCCUGCAAUACGAGAGCUUUCUGGGCGUGCCGUAUGCACAGCCUCCAGUGGGAGAGCUUCGCUUUCGGAGCCCUGUGCCCCUGGCGCGUUUCAAGGAGCACGAGCUAGACUGCAGCAAAGAAGGCGACGUCUCGCACCAGCGUGAUCCGUUCACCCAAGAAGUGAUUGGCUCCGAGAACUGCCUCUUUCUCAAUGUGUAUGUGCCCAAGGGCAAGUCAGAGAAGCCGCUGCCCGUCAUGGUGUGGAUUCAUGGUGGUGGCUUCUGGUUUGGCAAUGGCAACAGUGACUAUCACUUUCCUGCGCAGCUAAUGCAAGAGGAGGUCAUUGUGGUUACCCUGAACUAUCGUCUGGGUGCUUUGGGCUUUCUCUGCUUACCCGAGGCGGGCAUACACGGCAAUGCAGGUCUGAAGGAUCAGCGACUGGCAUUGCAGUGGGUACAGGAUAACAUUGCCAACUUCAAUGGUGAUCCACAGAAUGUGACACUUUUCGGGGAGAGCGCUGGCGCUGCUGCAGUGCAUCUGCACACAUAUGCAUCGCAUGCCAACAAGCUGUUCCACAAAGCUAUCAUACAGAGCGGCACAGGUAACGCGGAGUGGGUAUUCCAGCAGGAUGCUCCGCACAAGGCACGCCGUCUAGGUGAACUGCUGCAAGGCAAGAAUAUUGAGCAGGCUAGCGGCCUGCUGGAAUUCCUGCAGUCCAACGCGGUGACUCCAUUGGGCAUGCUAGCGAAAACCUUGGAUGUGCUGACGGCUGAUGAGCGACGUCGCGGCUUGCCACUGGCCUUUAAGCCAGUUAUCGAAGAUCCAAGCAGUCAGGAUAGCUUCAUAAAUACGCAAUUUCUGGACCUGCUGCAUGAGAAGGAGCGUCUGCGUGGCAUGCCCUUGUUGAUGGGCUAUAACUCUGGCGAGGGCAUAGCCAUGGUUGCCAAUGCUCGGCGCAAGUUGGAGCUCUACAAUGAAGAUCUGGCGCGAGUGGUGCCGCGCAAUUUGGUGGAAAACCCCAAGGCGCCAGAGGCAUUCGAAGCGGCCGAGGACAUGCGUCAAUUCUACUUUAACGGGCAGACAGUCGCGCCCGAGCGGCUCGACAACCUGGCCGAUUUGUUCACUGAUUAUCAUUUCAACAUCGACAUGCAGCACGCUGCAGAGAUUCAUGCCAACUGCCAGCGCACUGCCCCAUUGUAUUUCUAUCGCUUCGACUAUGUGGGCGGCAGGAAUAUGUACAAGCGCAUUUUCCAGGCGGAGAAACUGCGUGGAGCAUCGCAUGCCGAUGAACUUUCCUAUAUAUUCCAAAUGGUGGAUGACGAUUCAACGCUGGAACCAGAGGAUGCCAAAAUGACUGAGCGCAUGUGUCAGCUAUGGGCUAACUUUGCUAAAAAUGGAAAGCCAUUGGACAGCUGGACGCCAGUGCAAAGGCAAGAGAGGGGUGCCAAUGGCGUGCUCGAGCCCUUCCAAUUGGACUAUAUGCUACUCGAUCGGGAGUGCAAAAUGCAGCGAAACCCAGAUGCAGAGCGUAUGGAUUUCUGGCGUAGCAUGUACAAGAGAUAUAGGUCCCAAUGCUAUGACGCGAUGAGAGCAAAAUUAUAACGGAUAUAUUUAAAA